AUGCCAAAUAUCGAGCGCCUAAUCGUCGCCACCUCGCCAUUCCAAGAAUUCAUCAUGACAACCCGCCGCGUCUACCGCUGGGAGUCUCCCGCCGAAACAUCCAAGUACCUCCUGAUCUACCUGCUCUUGUGGUACUUCAACUUGCUUCUUCCUGGAAUCCUAUCUGCUGUCUUAUAUUUGAUCCUCGAACGCCGCCUGCACGGCAACACCCUCGAAGAUCUGCGCGCGGACAUCCAGCACGCCGAAUCCACGCACGAAACCGCCCUCUCCCUCACAGAAUUCAUAACCAAGCGCGGCGACGACAAAUGGGCGGAUGAGAUCGUCCAAGUCGUCGGCCCCUGGCUAAUGGUCCAACUUGCCGACAUGGCGAAUUUCUUCGAGAGCGUGAGGAACUUCUACGAGUGGAGGAAACCCGCGCGCACGGCGUCUACUCUCGCCGUCUUGUUCCUGCUCAUACUGGCGACAGCGCUGACGCCGGUGUGGUUGCUGGUCAAAACCGCGACGUUUGCAAUGGGCGUGACCUUCUUCGCCGUCUUCCCGCUCGCUACCAAUUUCCCCGAGUACAGACUGCUCCUGAGUCCGACGAAACGCUUGCUCUGGAAUAUACCGACGCAUGCCGAGUGGGCGAUUCAAUAUGUCCAGGCUGAAGGAUCGCGGGUUGCCGCCUCUCACACACCUGAUCCUUCCGCUAUACCGCUGAAAACCUCGCCUGCAGGGUUGGUGCAAGGGGAUUACGGCUUUUACACCGCGCACCACGAGUCCUCCGCGGGCCAUUUGGUCAUCAGCAAGGCGGCGUGCCGCUUCGUGUCGAACGUGGGGCACAAGAUGCAUUUCACCCUUGCGUACAGCCAGAUAAGUAGGAUCGAGAAGGAAGACCGCAUCGUAGCGAAAAAGGUGCUUGGAAAACUCCCAAGCGAUUCCGGGCUGGAUUUGAAGCUUGUCUUGUCCGAUGGGAAUGAGUACGUACUAGGGGAUAUGCGGCAGAGGGACGAGGCGUUUAGCCAGAUUCUAGGGUUUAGUGGGACGGUGUGGCAGGUAGUCUGGUAA